AUGUCCUACAAGCGGCCGCGAGCAACCUACGAGGCUGAUCUUACCGCACAACAAUCCCCAUACGUCCUCUUUGGGACGCCCCUUCCGCCGUUCGAUCCCGAGGCCCGGGACGAUGGCUCUUAUGUGCCGCUAUGGAAGCAGGAGCCCACUGACCGUUUCCUCAGCUACUUCAAUACUGUCGGUUCCAAAGAAGGAUGGACGCCCUCGACCUUCGUGUCUUCCCGAACAAACCGUCGCAAGGAUGACCCUAAAGCUCUUCAGCAACGACCAGAGGAUUUCAUGGACGAGGAGGAUCUGGCCGAUGCCGAAGAAUCCAAGAGAAUUCAGACACAGGCCGCAUUUUCCGGCUUGGGCUCGACCGCCGAAGAUGCCACCAGGACGAGCAGUUUGAUGGGGCUUUUCCGCGCAGAAGGGGACACAAUGGGCACGAAGCUGCUCCGGCGGAUGGGCUGGAAAGACGGACAAGGAAUCGGCCCCCAAAUCCGCAGGAAGGCCCGACUCGACCUCCGCACCGAUGAUAAUGACGCUGGCGAUACGUUUCUCUUUGCCCCAGAGAACGUCCCGAUGAUUAACUUUGUCCGCAAGACCGAUCACAAAGGGCUUGGUUAUGCGGGGGAUACAAGGCUGACGCCGAUCAGCCGCUCCAUCAGUGUCGUCGGCGCCAAUGACUCGGAGGAAGACGACCAUGACCAAGGCAUAGGAAGCCUUGGACGACCCAAAAUCACAUUAGCCGCGGGACGCAUGAAAGAGCGGGACAGGAGUCGCGGGGGCAUCGGAGUAGGUAUCUUGAACGACACGGAGUCCGACGACGAAGAUCCCUACGAGAUCGGACCCCGAAUAUCGUACAACCGCGUAAUAGGGGGCGAUAGAAAGAAAAAGAAGGCCACAACACCGAUCAAUCCGUCAUUAAAAACUAAGCCGGCGUUCAUACCGUCGAAGAAGUCAGCUCUCGGAAAGAUUGCGCUUGGAGAGCCGAACACUCUGACGUCCGAAAUCAACGCUGAAGGGAAAUAUCCUCCGCCCAAAAUCCCUCUAGGUUGGACGUCGGCGAAGCAAAUGACGGCGCGGGCGGCGCCGGCUGGCUUCGUUUCCUCGGCAGAUGCCGCCAAGGCAUCUACACUCGACCCGAAAUCACGUGCGGCUAUUCUUGGCGAGAAGCAGCUUCCUGGGAAAUCCGUGUUCGAUUUUAUGUCUCCGGAAGCGCGGGAGCGUUUGGCAGCUGUCACAGGCAAGACAAACCUUCCCCCGGCUCGAGGCGAAGUUCACACGGGAUACGCGCUCAGCGAAGCCGACCGCCUUCAAGAGCUGUUCAGCCGCAUCCCGAAGCUGGAUAAGGAGACAGCAGUUGCUGCCAUUUCGAGAGGUGCCAGUGGUAAUGCUCCUUACAGAGAUGACGAGGCGAAACGCGCGAGAUACAUUGCGUUUCUUGAGUACCAAGCCGGGUUCGGGCCGACGCCUGGAAGUCCUCCGCCCAAGAUGAACAAUGAGGAUUGGCUGAGAGAGUUGUACGAGUUCUAUAACUGUGCGAGGAUAUUCAAACCCAUGACGGGUUUCAUGGCCAGUCGGUUUACGGUUUCUACGACGGCGAAAUCUGCCACAGAUUCAGAUGAGGAGGCAGGAGACAAGAGUCUCCUUUCAAAGCCACCGCCCAAACCCCAGGAUCCAGCCGAGGAAGCGGCCAAGCUCGGGAUGUUUGGGCCUAUGACAAGGUCCGUCAUUGAUUUUUAUCCCACUCGGUUGCUUUGCAAGAGAUUCAACGUGAAGCCUCCGGAGCAUGUCCAACCCGACGACAACGGGUCCACCUCGGGGUCAGGGAGGGCCAAAUCCGAUGCUCCAUCUCAGUUUGACACAUACCCAAGCUAUCGGGCUACGCCUGGCCAGCCAUCAGCUCCCGAGCGGGCCGUUGUUGACUCGAGCAGAAACGAGGCUUUGGAAGGGAAGAGGGCUGGAGAAGAAGGAUACAGGAGCUCGUCCUCCGGGCCCGUUUCCCCCAAACGGCGCAGUGUCGAAGAGGAGGCAGGCAUUCCAGAGCCGCCCGACAACGUGGCCGAAACGAAUCUAUUGUGCUUCACCGCCGAGGUCGACGCCGAGCUCCUCCACCGCGGCCCUGCCGCCGACGAGAACGAGACAAAUUCUCCAUCCGGUCAGCACUCCCCGCCACCACAGUAUCCCACCUCCGAGGCCUCGGGCCCUUCCGUCUUCCGGCCGCCACCUUCGUUUUCGUCGCUCUUUCCUGCUCAAGUCCACGACGAGGCCUCACCAUCCCUUGUCGAGCCGUGCGAAACGUACAAGCACACCGUCGGCGAAACCAACGAAGCUGCUUCAGCCACCGCGGCCCCAGCGUAUGCACCUCCCGACCAGGUAGCAUCUGAAUCAUCGAACAGCGCGUCUGCCGUUCUACGACUCCAGGACGAAACCAAGCGCGCCCUCCCGUCAGAUACAAAAAGUGCAGCCGGCGAACCAUCGCGCAGCAGCAGCAGCACCAAGGACGAGGACGCAGAGCCGCCGCCGGCCUACUCGGAGGGAUCCAGUCCACUCCACUCAUUCACAUACCUCAUGGCUGCCGCAGGAGGCGCCGCGAGUAUUAUUACUCAGGUGCAGCAGGGCGGGCCCUCGCUCAACCCGCUCGGAGAUGUUCCCGGCGAUGAGACGAUUGUUAUGGACUUGCGGGGCACCCGCUUCAAGCUGUCGAGGGACGAGCUGCUGACACUACCCGAAUUUGUUCUGCUCUCGCUUUUCCCUAAUGGACUCUUUCCUGAGGGGCACAUGGGCGGGUUCGCAGAAGGAGAUGCAGUGCAGGUUGAUUACGACCCGGCGUCGCUUCAAUACAUGCUGGACUUCUUUAGGAACGUGGCGCAGAGCAUCCCUGCCGAGCCUAGCGGGCACGAGGGUGUCGACGGCGUGGUGCCUCUCGACCCCGGGGCGCGGGACGAGAGCAGCAGACGCGCCGGCAUCAUCGUGCUGCGCGAGGACCUCGACUUCUACGCCAUCCCGCCCAGGCAGGACAUCGACCAGGCCGAGAUGAUCGAAGUCAAGCGCGCGGCCGCCAGGGCGCUGCUCAAGCAGGACGGCAUCUUCAGCGGGCUCAAGAAGAGCGACGAGCCGGGGACGACUGAAGCGCAUCUCAUCGAAAUGCUGACAGCGGGCGGCUUCAACCACGACGACCGCUGGGGCCACCGCGCGGGCGAGCCUAACAAGGCCGUCAUCUGCUCGCUGGCGCUGGCUCGCCUGCGCUCCGACAUUCGCGGCAAUGACAUGGGCAGUAGCGCUGUCGGCAUGGCUCAGAAGCUGCUGCUCUUUUGGCGCAAGCCCGCCCGCCGCUGCUGGUGGGAGGGCGUCGAGCUGGACAAUGUCGACGGCUUGCCCGAGGGCACCAAGCUCAAGGUCUGGAUCCGCAGGGUCUGGACGCUCGAGAUGAGCGUUAUCGGCUUGCGUUAG